CAAGAAUUUGAUUUGAUUUUAUAUUUAUUCUUUGUGUAUGUACUACAUACUGUUUCCAAAUAUUUCGUGUACUGCACCUUCGGAAAGGCAUCGGAAAGAUUCGGCGUUGUUCGGUGACGUGUCGGCAGCAAGGUACGUCAUGUAAGAUUCAUCGUGAAACUAGUUCGCAUAAAAUUUUAAUCUCACCGCUGGCUUGACGUUGUCGUUUACCACCAUCUUGGCUUUGAAAUUUCCAUCCUUACCAUCUACAACAAUCCUUGGACAGACAGUCCAUUUUAUAAGCAGAAGAAAUACAUCGGACGUUAGAUAACACCUAGCUUGAGGUCUUUGUGACGAAUUAUCUCAAAUACGGGCAUCGUUUAGUUGUGGACUUUACUGGAUUUGCCGCCCUUUCCGCCAUUGCUGGCGAGUUGCACGAAACUACUACGUUGCAGGCACAUUAAAAUUUAGGCUUUUCUUACUUAUUUCCUUCAUGACUGCCUAUCCAGAAUGUCCGACCGUUUGGCUGCUAAAAUAAAGGAAAAUGCAGGGAAGCCGAAGUAUUCUUCACUUAACCUAAACCAGACAUACAAAGGCAACAAAGUAGAAAUCAAAACUUCCACAGGGGCAACUCGCCAUGGAUUACAGAGUCUGGGUAAGAUCGGAUCCAGUCGGCGAAUUCCUCCUCCAGCGAACUUACCAUCUUUGAAAAGCGAGAAUUCUGGUAACGACCCAACAGUAAGUUUAGUACCAAGCGGUGGAGGAGGAUGGGGAAGUGCGAAAGAGAAAACCGAGUCAUCAGCUCCACAGAACUCAUCACCUUCUACAACUCCAGCUCCUCAGACAUCACAAGGAAGUGUGCCAACUACACAGCAGCCUCUGCUGCAGCCUCAGCGGCCUAUACAACCAUCAUCCUACCCCUCUUCACAACCGGCAACUCAACCACAGUCGCAAAGCUCGGGGCCAACGCGACAAGACACGACAACGACUACACAAGAAAAAUCCGAAGCACAUGCAAAAACGUGGGGCACUAUAUUACAAAGCGAGGCUGGUGGUCAAGCAAAACCUUACUCUCACCAACCAACUCCAUAUUUCAAUCGGGAGUUUCCAACCUUGGGUGGGCCAGACAAUGGAGAUACAAAACCAGAAAGAAAAGAAUUUUCUCAUGGCCAAGCUCCUAUUAUUCGAAAUACUCACGAGCCUCCGUGGAUGGAGCGCAGUGGUCCAGGUCCCCCUUCACAUGGCUAUGGUCGAGAUCAUGACAUGUUCAAUGGUGGACCAGGACGAGGGGACUACCAUAGGCGACCACCUCCAGAUUUCCAGCACAGCAGAGGUCACCAUUACAGUAACAGUCAACAUCCUGCACAAGGAGGCAGACCACCACCCCAUGGGUACCCUGCACAAGACCAAUAUGGAAGACCGUAUCAAAGACCAGGUCCUGGGCAAAGACCAGGGAUGCGAAUAGACAAGAGAUAUGAAGCCGACAGAGACAUGGACAACAAGCCUGUGAUAAGACCAGCAGUUCUAAGACCAGAGGACAUACAAGCAAUGGAUGAUGAAGAUGAUGAUGGGGGAUGGGCUGGUGCACACGGUGAAGUUGAUUACACGGCUAAGCUUAAUUUUGAGGAUUUUGAUGAAGAAGAGAAGAGCAAAGGUGACAAAGAAGAGGUAAAAAGCAAACACGAAACUGAUGAGAAAAAAGUUCAGAAAGCAGAGGAACCCUCUGCAUCAGAUACGAAGAAAGAAUCUGACCAAGGCAAGGAGUCGGCACAGUACAAAAGACCACAGGAUACUGAUAGACCACCUCAAAAGCCAAGAUCUGCAUGGGGAGAACCACCUCAAGGGCCUCCACAAUAUGGAGAAAACCAGUAUGGAAGAGAAGCCAGGUCUGGACCCCCUCAGAGACCAUUUGAUGGUCACAGACCAACCCAAGGUCAAGGUUAUCAUGGUGGCUCAGCACCAUGGAACAUGCAGUACCCACCCCCACAGAGGGGUCAAUACUCCCCAGUAUCUGGGUCACCACCUGCUGAGAGGGGACCCCCCGGGGGAACACCACCCAAGCAAGAUGCAAUGGGUCCACCCAUGAGAAGGGAGGAUGAACCAUUAUUAGAAUGGGCUGCUCGUAAGCAAGAAAUGCAUGCAGCUGUAGAGAGAGCCAGGAUGAGAAGAGAACAGGAAGAACAGGAGUUUCAAGCAAAAACCAAGGCUGCUGCCUUGAUGAAAUUAAAAGCACUGGAAGAAAAACGUGGGAGAGCUCCUUCUGAGACGUCUGAAGAAACUAAGGAAGGCGUGGCAGAGACACCAAGAACUGAGUCUUUAGAGUCUGGGAAGUCAGAAAGAGAGACCAGAGGCGAGGAAGUGAGAGAGAAGAAUGAUAAAGAUACUGAACUGCCAUCAGACCAGAAGACUGGGCACUAUCCUGCACCGCUGCAUUCAGACCAGAAGGUUCCACCCUACAGAGCUGAUGAUUCCUCCAGACGAAGGAAUGACAGUGACUCCAGUGAUGCAUCAAGGUCUAGUGGAUCUCGUCCGUACUUCCAACACCCACAGAAAAAUAUCCCUCCUCGCUUCCAACAGCAGAGGCAACAGCAGCAACAGCAAUACCAGCAACAGCAGCUUUAUCAAGCCACACACCCUAUGUCACAACCACGAAGAGAAGCCUUGGAUGUACACCCUACCCAUGGUACAGACUCUGGUCCAGUGUCUCCAUCUGGUGCAGGAAAAACAAGCCGACCCACAGAAACUAUAGCUCCUAAAAGGAUCAUGAAACGCACAGAUAGCAGCAGUACUGCUGGAGAUGAUGUUGCUAGUGUGAAGUCACUCGACAGUACAGGUGAAAGAGAGAAAGGGUCGAGACAGCGAGCGAAUUCUGGUACGACAUCUUCUCCAUCUGAGCAAGAGACCCGAAAAACUGAUGCACGUGACAAGGGAAGACCAGGAGACAGUACGGUGAAGAGUGUCGAUAAAGAAACAAGAAAAGAUGUACUGGAAGAGAAAGAGAACGAAAAACAACAUGACAAGACUCCAAUUGAGCCAACAGGUAAAGGCAGGUCCGAUCAAGAAACUGGUACAGUUCCGCGAAAGCGAGAAUACCGAUCUAGCGACAGAAAACCCGAAGAAGUGCAUAAAAGAAAAAGGGACGGAACUGAAGAGGAUUACGAAGAGAGAAGGAACAAGAUGACCAGCCGUGACAGACAGACAGAUGGGCGAGGACGAUUAAGGCCUGGAUCAGGUUAUCGAGGUAGAGGUCGUGGCAUUGCACGUGGAAGAUCUGAUUAUAGAGUCGGCGGUAGCGAUAAUCGCCAACGAGGUAUGCGAGAUACUCGUCAAAGAAGGGAUUCGAGAGACAAUAGAGAUUACAGAAAGGACGAGAGAACUGAGAGAACACGUGAACCACGUGAACCCUUGAAAAGUGAAGAUCGUAACAAAGACACAUCAGAUAAGAUAUCAAGUGAGGAUCGGGAAGUGAAAGGAAAGAUAGAACGAGCGCCACAAAAGAAAGAUGAAAGAACGCAACCUGAUAGAGAAAGCCAGGAACGAAAACCCUCCUACCAAGAAAAACCUGCCAAAGAUUCUCACGAGAGAGAAAAAGGAGAAAGAAGAACUGACAGACCAGAGAAAAGGAUGGAUAGAUAUGAGAGAAAGGAUGAAAGAGAAAGGGUUCAGAGGAAACCCUCCGAUCAAAGAAGAACUGAUGGUAAUAAGGAAAACAAGGCAGAGACGAAAAGGGCUGUCUUUCCGGCACGCGAUGUAAGAGAAGAAGAACAUUUCACUGCACAACGAUCAACUCGUGAUGGGCAAGAUCGCAGACAAGAACGAGACAGAUACCGAGAUCAGGACAAUAAUUAUUACAAGGAUAGACCUCGUGAUAGAGACCGCGAUAGAGAUCGGGAAAGAAUAAAGCCCAGGGAUCAGGAUCGCAUCAGAGAAGCACCCAGAUCGUCACGUGGUCAUGAGAGGAGCCAUCGAGGUGUACCGCAUGCUCGAGGCAGGGGAGCAGGUUCUGCACGAGGACGCAUAGGCAGUGGCCGUCUGGUUGGAAGUGGGAGAAUCAGUCAGAGGACUCCAAAGAAAGAAGAGCCGGCGAGUGAUGAAGAAGAUGUUGACGACAGUGGAAGUGAAUCGAGUAGCUACACCACAGCGACUUCUGCGUCUGAAGAAAGAGUAGAAGAUAAAGAAGAAAAGCCAAAAGAACGACCAAGAACCACUAGUCAGUCGGGAUCUACUUCACGUACUCCAGUAAGAUCGACCAGAGGUUCAAGAGCGAGAGGAGGUGGCUUUCCACGCCCCAGACGAGAGAAUGAGAAGCCUCCGCGGUUCCAGAAGCAACAGGAGAGAGCUGCAGCACAGAGAGGAAGCUCCAGUCGUGGUGGAUUCCGCAGCGGGGAUCGCGGAAGUAGGGGCAGAGGUAGAGGAAGAGGACGUGGCCGCGGGAUGCCAAGUUCAAGAGAUAUGGAUGACAGAGAUGGCGGGUCAAUACAACCAACAGAAGAUUGGGAAGACGAGGUUAAUCAAAGUCCAAAAGAACAAGACAAAUCAGGCGAUUCACACAAACGAGCUCCAAAAUCAGGUGAUCAAUACUCAAACCGUAGAACCUCAUCUCGUGACGAGUCUGGGAGACAAGGUGGCCGUCGAGAUGGAGGGCCAUCSAGCACAAGAAAAACUGAUCCUUUUUUAGCCGAAAAGCAGGUAAAAGUUGAAGGUUCCAAGUUAACGACCUUGGAGUCUAAGGGGGCUUUACCUGCUGCAAAAAGUACGGACUUGGCGCAAGGCAAGAAAAGUUCUGGAACCCCUAAAGAAGAAAAGAGGUCGGACUACAGUGCGGUGGAUACUAUCGAGAGUAAGACUCAAAAGCGCACUGAUUCUGUCGCUAAAAAAGCGAAUAUUCAGCUGUACGAUUUACACAACGUGGCUGGUGUUAUCUGCAUAGAUGACAUCCCAGACGAUGCAUCUGAUAUCUCAUCAAGUGGGUUUGUGGAAGUUACCUCGAAACGAACCCAAAAAGAACUCAAAGAAAAACAACGAGAGGAGGAUGAGCGACGAAAGAGGAACGAGGAAAAAGCCAGUCAAAGAAGCUCAGAAAAAUCCGAAAAAUUCAAGAAAACCCAAGUUAACAAACCUCCGAGGUUUAGCAAACAGCACCAGAAUGCAUCUGGCUCUACCAGCCAAGGCAAAGCGAUGACUACCAAGUCAUCAUCCGCUUUGGUCUUGGAAGGAAUUACAGGCCUGGUCAGCUCAGGAAUCAAUAGUAAUUCCUCGAGUACCAAUUCGACUAAGCGAAACAGUCCCGUUACAGUCGAAAGGCCACCGUCACCGCAACCUCCACCCGUGUUUAAUGCAUGGAAUAAACCUUUGAGUCUCGUUACCCCAGCUAAAGCUCCUGGAAGUUGUCUGGCUAUUGCUUCUAAUGUCCCGGAUCCUCUCGCUGUUGGCAGUGGGAAACCUUCAAGGCAUACUCAACCGAGCACUGUCGUGGCUGUCCAAAACUCACUCAUCAAUUCCAACAUCGAAGACAAGUCUGCCGAAGACGAAUUGAAAGAAAUCACUAAAGAAAUCGAAUCGAUGGCUCCUACAGAGGAACAAGAAGAGGUCCAAGAGAAGACUGAAAAGAAAUCAGAGCAUUCGACAGCAAGUAGUGGAGCGAGGGAAAGACGCCACGAUGGAGUGAAAAAAUCGCAGCCCAAACCACAAAAACCACCGAGGUUUGAUAAGUCAUCAAAAAGAAAAAGCACUACGGAGGAUGGCGCUAAGAAAGAAUUUACUAAAGAAGAGAGCAAGAAAGAGAAGAGUCGGCUGACCGCGAAGCAAUUGGAUGUCGAACCUUCAGACGUAACUUUAACUACCAAGAGAACGCCUGUCGUAGAGGAGUCUUCGAUUUCAGAUGCAUCUUCAUCUGACAAAAAAGGGAGCGAGGUCGUAACAGAGGACACCCCUGUAGAAAAGAAAGGAAUACAAAUUACAGAAAAAGAUGAGGCAAUUACAGAGAGCGAAAAAGACAGCGUGCCACGAAAAGAUUCAGAUUACAGUGUUGACUCUGAAGAGCAAGCCAGUGAAGACGGUAGCAUGUUUAGUAGUAGUAGACCUUUAUCUGUGGAUAUAACUGACUCGUCUGAAGAAACACAAGACCGUCCACCCACGCCAGUAUCACCAAUAAUCUUCGCAGAAAUGAAAAAGAGGAUGAACGCUGCGUAUAUGGCUUGGCAUCAGACUCCUUCUACCUCGGUUGGCCUCACAACAGUAUCUAUGGAAACCACGCCAUCUUGGCCUGAAACGAGUUCGCCGUCAGUAUCAAUAGAAAGUAAAGAUGGGAGUACUAUAGUUAAAGGUAGCGCUGACACGACGAACGAGUAUAGAGAAAAUGCAGAGGAUAGUGUUAGUAAGGCUGAUGUAACCAAACCCACAGAAGUGCAGUACAGUGGUAAAAAGCCUGGAGGAAACGAGCAGCAGAACGUAUGUAAAGUCAAGCCACAACAGCAACAACAGCCUGUCAAACCACAACAGACUUCAUCUCUAGCUCCUGCUUCUGGGGAAGACAGAGGACAAUCUGAUCUGGAGUCCAUGGUUCCCACACAGCCUGUCCUUCCUCAGGAACAUCUGCUAAGACAGAAUGUACAUAAUACCUAUCCAUUCCAGAUUGAAGCUCAAAUCUUACAACUACAACAGCGUCAACCACAGCAGUUCAUCCAGCCUUUGCAAUCAAUGCCCCAGUCAGCACAAGUUGCAGCCAACAACUAUCAGCUGUCUCAACAGAUGCAAGUGCGCCAACCGACUUCCGCUUCUUCUAUAGCUCAGUCGCCCCAAGAAAUGUUCCCGUCUCCUUUCUUGAAUAGUAAUCUGUACCCUGCUGGUGGGUUUUCCGUGUCGCAGCCCUAUAUGUCACUCACUAUGGUUGCCACGACAACAACCCCAUCGUAUGUGUCAACGUCUACAAGAACACAAGCAACGUCUGUGAUGGCAUUACAAGGACAGCAGCCCAAGACCAUGAAUAGCUCGAUGUUUGGUCCAUCUGGUUCGCCUGCUCAAACUAUGUAUAUGCCAUAUGAUCCUCAAAGCAUGGGAGGCACAGCCACGCUGUUAAACUUUAAUCAACAGUCCCAGCAAGCUCAACGACAGAUGAUGGGGAAUCAAGCUUUGGGGUUCACUGAUGUAAUGACACAGCAACCCCACGUACAGCACGCUCCACCUGCCGGAGCACCUCAACAGAUUCAGAGCACAUUCUCCUUGCACACAAAACCACCAAGCUUUGACGGUCAGCUAGGUACGUCUAUAAAGUCAAUGGAGCCAAGUCACGGAGAGUACAACCAGUCGCAGUCUGAAAUGGUCAAGCAUAUUAAUGCCAAACCAUUCGAGCCUCCAAAACGUAUUUCAACUCCAACACCUUCCAGUUCGACUGCUAACAGUGGAAUGGGUCUACUGACCUCUGCUGUGAAUCCUAACUUAGUCCAUAUUGGACCAAGCCCUCCGAAUAUGGGACCACUGUCACACAGCCCCCCGAUGCAGACGUCGUACAUCUCCAACAGACCAGUAUCAAUGUCACCUGUUGAUCCAAACGUUUCAUUUGCUGCUGGCACCAAUUCCUUUGCCAAGCAUGCUCCCAUGAGUCAUUUCCAACUUUCGCAGCAACAACGUCAACAAACACCUGUGCAGCAGUUCACGCCAUUUCAGUCACAGCCUGUACAUAUUAAACCACAACAAUUACAGCAACAUCAGACGAUGAAUAUUCGACCUCAGGGACAACCAAGUCAAGUCCCUUCCCAACAGCAACAUAAUGUUCCCCAUAUGCCAGGCUCUGGAGUUCCUCAUCAGAUGAUUCCCAGGCAGUAUGGACAUGUUGGGCCUUCACAGCCUUCUGUGGGUAACCAAAGAUUCCCAGGGCCUAUCCAGAGACCACCUACCUCUGUCGCCCUACAAGGAAUGCCUCCAAAUAUUUCACAGCAUCAGCCAAGGCCAAUACAGCCGCCUAGACCCAUACGACAGCAGGCCCCACGUAUGCCCCAUACACAGAAGGUGCCUAUUGUCUCUACACGACCACAGUUUCCGCCUCAAGUACCUGUAAGUUCUCAGUCCAAUCAAUUUAAAGCCAUGCAGCACCAGAAAAUGCUGGCAGAGACGCGCAUGUUUUUUGCUACAGAUCCGCAAAGCAGACAGAAGUCACCAGCGUCUGUGAAUGAAACAAGCAGCUCAAAUGAGCUUAAGGGACAGAACCUACAGCAGCAGCAAGGCCAAAAACAAGGGCAGGUCUUUCCAAAUACUUAUCCCAAGCAGCAGAUGCCAAUGCAACCGAUGGUUUCAAAGCAUCAAAAUGCACCAGUACAAGAAGGAAUAAAGAUGUCUUCACAGCAUAGGCAAGCCCUGCAACAUAAGCAAGUGCCACUGGCGCCGACAUCGGGAGUGCAUCACCAAAACAAGUCUCCACGCAUGUCUCAAGAAAACAAACCCAAGCAAACUAGCCAAGAGAAAAAAGACAAGAAAGAAGAAAACAAGUCGCAUAUAAUUGAACUACCGAGAAAAAAGCCACAGGAUAACAUGAACAAGCCAAAGCCAAACAAAACGGACUCGUCAAAGUCAGAAGAUGGUAAGCAAGCUAACAGAAUGGAUGGAAAACCUAAUACCAAUAAAAGAAGUGGGCCAGUACGUAUCACACCUAUGAUUCAGAAACCUCCCCAAGGGGGUGGACGUCCACCCAGGACCACCAAACCAAGACCUCAAGCCAAGAACACCAAUGUGGGUGUUCCUCCGAACAAGCCAAAAACAGAUGGCACUGCAACGACAACAGCUACAACAGUAGCAACUGGAGCAACAACAACUGCAACAACGCCCAAGCCUCCUAAUGAUGCAGUUGUAAGCUCAAAAGGCAAAGAUUUAGAAGAAUCAAGCCCCAAGGAUCCCGAAGAGGUCAAAAUAACCGUCAACCCUUUGACAACAAUGACCUCUUGAAGCAAUAAGAAGUGUCGUCUUAACAGAACUUAACACAAAAAACAGUAGCUUUACUGUUUCAACUACUGUCUUGCCCCGAUGACAGUUUUUGCUCUAAUUUAACGAGUUUCACAAUAAUAAAUAUAGUGUGCCUCCAAAUCAAAAUUACAUAUUUGUUCGUUCAUUCUUAAUAAUUUGGGAUCUUUUGUAAAACAGUUAGUUUAGAUGAUUACUUUUUCCAAAUUUUUGAGGCUGGAAAAUUCAGUAAUAAUCAAGUGUUGUACAAAGAUUUGUAAUAAUGAUAAUUUAUUAGUCAUCUAUUUGGACACCUAAACCGCGGAAAAAGUGAAAGAUUUUUUCGAUAUUGAUUUGCUCAAGAGCUUGUAAAAUUUGUAAGUUACCUUUGAAGAAAGAAUAAAGGCGACUACUGAGUGACAUGGA